CGGCGGCAGGCAACGGCCGGGGCGGGCGGGGGCGGGCCCGGGCGAGGCGGCGCUCCCGACCCGGUCCCCUCCGCCCUCCACCACCGCUGCCCGCCGCGGGCCUGGCCGGGCGGGGGGGCGCCGCGGGCUGGCGGGCGGAGGGCGGCGAGGCCGGGAGCGCCGCGGGGCGGGCCACGCAGGCCGUUGGGCCCUGGCUGCCGACCCCGGGGCGCAGGCAGGAGGGUGGCGGCCCCACGCGGGACCCGGACCCGGCCAGCCUCCCGAGCGUCCGCGGGUCGAGCCCCGCGUUUGGGGAGCCUCUUGGACGUCGCCAAGGCCGGGCGUGCCUUCGGGGGCUCUCUGGAGGUGGUGCUUUGGGAAGCCUCCGCUGGGGCCGAUUUUACUAAUCCUCCGAAAGGAAAAAAAAAAAAAGAGACAAAAAAGAUGAAGGUUGGAAAGCACUUAUCUCGGUUCCUCCCCAGUGGAUAAAAUGGCGAAGGGGAAGCAAAACCCCCGCGGUAUCCUCGACUAGCAAAAGCACCAGAACAAACAAAGCCUACAGUGAGUGGCCCAAGAGUCCCCCGCUUUCGCCUUGAUAUUUGCCUACUUCCCGCUGCUCCCUUUUUUGGUUACUUGCGAUCACGUAGGUUUGCAAAAAGCAGUCACAUAAAAAUAACCUUUUAAAAAGAGUCACCAACGCAAUGUGAUCACUAGGCCACCCCAACUCUUGAUCCUUUUUUUUUUAUUGUUACAAUAAAACACAUUUUUUUGUUUUGUUUUUUUGUUUGUUUUCUUGGGUUUUUUGCCCGGUCCCAAACGCCGCAGAACAGCCUGCGGCCGCCCGACACUGUACCGUUGGCGACUCGGGUCGAUCCAUCAUGGCUGCGGCCGCUUACCCUGCUUUUCAGUGCCUGCGCCUUGUGGUCCUCCUCCCUUUGGCUGCCCUGUUUAUAUAGAGCCAUUGCCGCUCUCUAAUAUAGACUCUGCCAGGAUGGGAAGGUGCUUUUCAGGCCUACGUCACCGCCUCUCCAUUUAAACACCAGAUCCGGCUUUAAAUAGUGAGAGCUGCAGAGCGCGGGGCUGGGAGGUGCGUGCUCCCGAGGCGAGAGGCGCCGGCGUGCGGAGUUCAGUUUAUUUCUACGCUCCCUUCACGCCGAAAUUUCGCUCCGGAGCCAGGAGGCUGUUGUCACGGACCCGACCUAAAUUGUAUAGAUCUGUGAUUGAAGAUGUUAUUAAUGAUGUCCGAGACAUUUUUCUGGAUGAUGGAGUGGAUGAACAGGUCCUGAUGGAACUAAAAACUUUGUGGGAGAAUAAACUAAUGCAGUCUAGGGCAGUAGAUGGAUUUCAUUCAGAAGAACAGCAGCUUUUGUUGCAAGUUCAGCAGCAGCACCAGCCCCAGCAGCAGCAGCAUCACCACCACCACCACCACCAGCAGGCGCAACCUCAGCAAACGGUACCUCAGCAAGCACAGACCCAGCAGGUUCUUAUUCCUGCGUCACAGCAAGCUACAGCACCACAAGUUAUUGUUCCUGAUUCUAAGUUGAUACAACAUAUGAAUGCAUCAAGUAUUACGAGUGCUGCUGCUACAGCUGCUACCUUGGCGCUCCCUGCAGGCGUGACUCCUGUUCAGCAGAUACUAACAAAUUCAGGCCAGCUGCUUCAGGUAGUCAGAGCAGCCAAUGGUGCCCAAUAUAUCUUUCAGCCUCAGCAGUCAGUUGUUCUACAACAACAAGUUAUACCACAAAUGCAGCCUGGUGGAGUACAAGCGCCUGUUAUCCAGCAGGUCCUAGCCCCACUUCCUGGAGGGAUUUCACCACAGACCGGUGUCAUCAUCCAGCCACAGCAAAUCUUAUUUACAGGGAAUAAGACUCAGGUCAUUCCUACGACAGUGGCAGCGCCCACACCAGCACAAGCACAGAUCCCUGCAGCUGGACAGCAGCAGCCACAGGCCCAGCCUGCUCAGCAGCAGGCUCCAUUGGUGCUGCAAGUUGACGGAACAGGGGACACAUCUUCUGAGGAAGAUGAAGACGAAGAAGAAGACUAUGAUGAUGAUGAAGAGGAAGAUAAAGAGAAAGAUGGAGCCGAAGAUGGGCAGGUGGAAGAAGAGCCCCUCAACAGCGAAGAUGAUGUAAGUGAUGAGGAAGGGCAGGAACUCUUUGACACAGAAAAUGUUGUUGUAUGCCAGUAUGAUAAGAUACACAGAAGUAAAAAUAAAUGGAAAUUUCAUCUCAAGGAUGGCAUUAUGAAUCUUAAUGGAAGAGAUUAUAUAUUUUCCAAAGCCAUUGGAGAUGCAGAGUGGUGAAGAGUCGCUUCUUUCCUUUUAUAAAUAAGACAAAAGAAACUUAAAACGUUAACAUGGACGGUUUGAAACUUGGGACAUAUUUCAGCCAAACCUUCACUUCUGCAUGUCAGAACAGCGCAGUAGAAGCAAAGCUACGGGAACAAAGCUAGGCCUUGACCACAUAGACACUACUUCAGACUGGCGAGCCAUGGAACUGUAGCACCUGGGGCUGCUGGGCGGGGGGAGGGGUUUGUGUAGGACAACUGUAACUGUCAAUUUUAAAUACAGGAACCUGCCAUUGGUAAUUAGCAUGUAAAGCUUUGUCUAUAUUCGUUUCCAAGUUGAGCUCAAUCAGAAGAUACGUGUUGGAAUGACCUGAAGAAAUUACCCUUUUGAUAGAUUGAACUGAAACUGCUUAUUGUAUGUGGUUAUAUUUGGUAAAAAUUGCGUGUGAGCUUUUUACAGAAGGGCAAGAAUUAUGGUGUUGAAUUUUAAUUCAUUUGUAUAAGAAAAUUUAAAACUCAUAAUAGGUCUUAAACAUUUUUACUUGUUACUCUCCCUCAGUAAAAUAUACCUCUUGCUUCUCUGCUGUAUGAACAUCUACUUAAGAUUUACAGAAAAAGAUCAAUGGCCACAGUUUGAGACAAAGUUGACCCAGGAGUAGAUGCUUGGUUUAAUUAGGUUUUUAUACUUGUUAAAUGUGAUUGAAAGACUUGGGUCUUACCUGUGUUAUCUAGAAUUAGAGGGACAGUUUAAUUUCCUUACAGAAAAACUGCUCAGUCCCAGGCUAUGAGGAAACCCCAGAUUGGCUCCUCAGGAAUGUGUCUUUAUUUCACAGAGGCACCACUGAGCUGAAACUGUAUAGUACACGUGCUACGCGAAGGUCUUUCUUGCCGGACUACAGUGUGUGCUUACCUGUGCAUUAGUCUCUGUAAACCCUGGGAUGGCACUCUGUACAUUGAUCUAAGAAGCUUAAGGGCAAGGCAUGAGGACUGGGUUUUUAUUAAACAAUUUAGUAAUUAUAAAAGUUUCUUGUGUUUACUAGUAAAGAAUUUUAGAAAUUAUUUUAAUUGAACAAAAUUUUUAAAAAAACUUUGUAAUUGGAGGGAAAAGUUUGAGGGUGGAGGGGGUAGAGGAAAGUGGGCCACAAAAUACAAAUUUACCUCUUUCAUUGGGUGGCUCUUCAGGCCAUUGAUGAGAUACAUAGACUUGCACAUUGGAGAGAAAAUACAGAGAUUAGACUUGUAUAUUAAACCUGCAGACACGGCCAUGUGCUGAGAUGUGUAGCUCUGCUCCCGUAUGGGGCUCUGCAGAACAAAGAGGUGCUGCAGUGAGCAGCUUCCUGGGACCUGCAGGGACACUCACUCUCCGUCACCUCUGUUCUAGUGACUAACAAAAUUUGUGUUCAAGGUAACUUGCCUGUUGACUUUUUUUUUUUUUUUUUGGUCUUCCAUUUUUGUCUUCCUUUAAUUUGACUUUAUGUAGUUCUGGAAGUAACAGAUAAACUAUAGUACAAAAGAAAAACUGUGAGCUAUAUAGUGCUUUUUUAAGUACAUAUUUUAAAGUUUCUUAAAGCAGUUGAUUUCUCCUCUCCACUUCCCCCUACUGAACCAAUUUCUGUUAUGAAAUUUGCUAUCAGUGGUGGGGUCUUAACGUGAUAGCAGUUAGAUUUUGUAUUCCAUAACUGGUAAUACAGGUUUUUUGUUUGUUCUUUUUUAUUAAUGUAGCUUCUUGAGGGGAAGUCUGUUUAAUCUCCUAUUCUCAAAGCACACCGCAGUUCUGGUUGAACUAAACCUUGGUGAACAGAGGGCACAGGAUCCCGAGAGUUGUUGAGUGGUCCCUUGCUAUAGUUUCUAGGUGUGUGUUUACUCAGUGAAUCAGUAACCUGAACUACCUACAGCAGCACAGCAGUGUGGCCGCAGUGGGACUAGUGGGCUAUGUUAGUGCCGCACAUGCCCUGGCUUCUCUGUGUAGUCAGACAUACUGAAGGUUAGCAUUGAACACUGGCCUGUUUUCUAGCCAAAAUGUUCAGACGUGAGCAACCACUUCUUUGAGAGUGAAGCAGGAACUGACCAUUGAUAUUUGUAUCUAUGUGUACUGACUAAUAAUGCUGGCAUCCUGGACAAUACUGUGAUCUGGGAAAGCUCUGAAAACUGGUUCCAGCCGCCCUGCACACCAGACUGUGCUUUUCCAUGCUGUUAUAUUGUGCUCCUUUUAAAUCAAGUAGCAUGCUGCAUUCCUCAGGAUAGUAGCUUUUGCUGUGUAAUGUCACUUGCUUUGAAUUUUCAAUCAUGCUUUCGCCAUUACAUUUAACCAAUGAUGUCAUUAAGUUCUAUUAAAGUGUCAUUCCUUUGGGAAGCAAGGGAUUCCCACUUGCAGAAUUUUAAGAUGAAGGUAGCAUGUUUUGUUCAGAAGGUGGAAAUAGGGACUCGAACAGUGUCUUCAGAAGCUGAUCUGUUGAGAUUUGUGUGCACAGUGAAGGCACCUCUUACAUGAUGUGAGGCCAGUAGCGCUAAGGUAAAUUUACACAGAUGACUAAGGUGGGAUGUGUGCCUUCCAGUCCAUGAACUCUUGCCUGGUGGUCGUUUGUAUUCUCACACCACCAAAAUGCCCGUGAGCACAUGGGAUUUCCUAGAGUAAUACAACUUUGUCACGUGCAGUUUCUAGAGUCAAACAGGAUAGGAGGGGGUCUUUAUAUUAGGCUUUUAUAUCUGAAAUGUUCACAUGUCUAUUAAAUGUGUCACACUUACACUGUUGCCUUUUGAAAAGUCAGGCUGGCAUCAAGAUUCAUGCAGUACAUAUAGUUAUCAAAGUGUGUUAUUGACAAGCAUUCUGGCUUUAGAAGGCAAUGUAAAAAAAUACUAAUUUUUAUAUAAAGGCUUUCUUUUGCUGUAUUGAAAAUCAGGUUUUUCUUUUGGUGACUUGUAUGGAUGAAUGCAGAGUUGUCUCCCUCUGAGAAUAUUUUUUUUAUUAUCUUAUAGCAAUAAUGUCACCAUAUUAGAGGGUAAGUAUUCCUUGAAUAAGAAAACACACAUAUCUCCUCUUAGCAGUUUUCCCUUUAUAACAGCAUUUUCUUCCACUUGAGAAGGCUCUUAUAUUUUCAUAUUACUUCAUCUUGAACUUUUGAGCUUUUGUGCAAUGUGCUAUUUUAUUGGAUCUUUGUACGUUUUCAUUUCAUGUUUCCUCCCUACCUGUCUGAAGCUGCUAUAGCUGAUGUUGGGGUUUCGGUUAAUGGUUAUGUGUUUUCUCAUCUUUAUUAAAGUUAGGUUUAUCUUUUAAUUUGUUACCCUUAUGGAAAUUAUUCUGGUUUAUACUCUUCCCCCUGGAAGCCUGCCUUUGUCCAUCUGUUAUCUUACUUUCGUGCAUGAUUUAAGGAAGAUUGCAUCAAAUUUAAUAUUUUUAUUUUGAAGAAGAAAAGCUUCCUACCAUUUGAGGGGAGAACAAAACAACAUUGAAUAAAGAAUUGGUCGUUCAGUCAAACUUCCUUAAGUCAGUUCAGAAUGCCUCGGUUACACCGAUGGGGGCUCGUCCCUAGCUGGUCAGAGUUACUGUUGUCGACUGCUGUUGUACAUACUGUUAUGUGUAAGGGCGUAAAUAUAUUUAUUAUGUUUGUAAAAUUCAUUCUGUACACUUGCAGAUCAAGGUUGCUCUUCUGUGAUAUAUCGGGUGUUACGUUUUAAAGACCAUCUUGGAAUACAACUAAAGAGCUUAGUAUUUUGAUGUACUAAGACUAUUUUAAGUUUAAUAUUUUACCUUGCAAAAACUUUAAUUAAAGAUGUUAUUUAAAAAAAGUAAUGUGGCUUGCUUUGCUUACUAGUCAGUGACGCUGGUAUAUGGACAACUGAGAAAACUAAAACCAUGCAGUUUAGACAGGAAGUUCAACAAAAACGGGGAUAUCGUUAAAUUUUGUACCCUCGGUUAAAUCUGUACCUGUAAGGUAGUGGGUUUGGGAUGCCAGACUGAAUUGUUAAACUGUGUUAGAAUUCCUUAAGCGCUUUCAAAAGUUGUAUUUUCCAGGCACAGAAGCAUUUAGAAUGGGUAAAUUCACACCAAGUAAAUGUAAAUUAAGGUUAAUAUAAUUAACAUUGUAUUAAAUGAGUAUUUCUGCUCACGAAGCUUAGAUUCCACCAGAUGAAGUUAUUAAGGACAUCGUUUUGUUUGUUUGGCUAAACUGUCUCUCAGUUCGGAGUUUGUAAAUAAUCGCUCACUAGGAGAUUGGGUUAUUGAGGUUUGUAUUACAUAGGAAUAUAUUUUGUGUUACUUUACAAGAUAUUAAAAUUACUAGCAGUAUUUUGAUUUUAUAGUUAAUUCAAAUGGAUCAUUAAGAGCUUGCCUUUUUGUAAUUUUUUAUCCUGUUAUAAACUACUUUAUCUAAGGAAACAUGCAGAUUUUAACUAUUAAAUAAUCAUAAUAAAGAUAUUUUAUUUAUUGCCAGCA